UCCGAUUUAGGCUCAUUAUCUUAAUGAGUGGAUGAAGUGAGGGCAGAGAAAAGCAGAAGCCGAACAGGAACGGUGGAGUCUGGCGUGGAGCGUCGUUUCUGCACGAACCCACGAUCCCCUGGCUGAGGGAAGGAUGCUGGAAAACAAGAGGGAGAGAUUGAAAACCUUCCUGAGGAAGAUCGACGAGAAGGCCAUCGUGAAAAUCAAACACUUCAUGAAAGAGAGCAGCUACCCAGUCGAGAGCAGCGGUGGCGGGCUGCCAGCCAAACUGAAGAAAAGCAGGAGCAGCUUAAGCAAUGGCAGCAUCAAGAAGGUGGAGGCGAGGAAAGCCUUGAGCUUGGAGGCCGCCCAGCUGGAGAUCCAGCAGCAGCACAAAACCCUCACCAGACAAGUAGCAGUCAGGUCGCAGACGUUCGAAGUCGACAGCAAGGGCUUCGAGAGGACGGAGGGCACCGGCACGCAAAGUAGUUUCAUGAAGCACAACAAAACAUUCCACAAGUUGUUUCCAGACAUUCCUAAGAGUGAAGACUUGAUACAUGCAUACAUCUGCGCCCUGCAGAAGGAAGUGCCCUACCAUGGUCGUCUGUACGUCACUGACACCCACGCCUGUUUCUACUCCUCAGUUCUCCUUAAAGACACUAAGUUAGUUAUUCCAGUUUCCUGCAUCCACAUAGUGAAGAAGCAGAACACAGCUUUACUCGUACCCAACGCCUUGUCCAUCCGCACCAUAGAAGGAGACAAGUUCCUGUUUGUGUCUCUGAGGAACAGAGAAUCAUGUUUCCAGCUGCUGCGUUCAGUAUGUCCUCAGAUUGAGGAGGCAAGCACAAAUAGUAGCCCCAUCUUCUCCUCGGCUGAGAACAGCUUUGAUAAAAGCAAAAUCGUGAACUCCAGUCAGUCCAGUCUGGACGACAGCUUCGACCAGUUCGACGGCUCAGAGUCCCAAUCAUUACAGGAACCGCCUCCGCACAGACCCCACCGAGGUGAGGGGUCGACCCCAGCUGCUCAGAUUUUACGUAACACAAAGGCAGUGCCGAGUGUGAACGGCUCAUCUUUCAGGAGUCUACACAUGCAGCCGAGUGAAAGCUCGUCCUCAGAGGAGUUAUCAGUUUCAGGCUCAGGUGGAUCAUGGGUCUGGAAUGUGACAGAAAAGGCCAAGUCCCUGCUGGUUCAGAGAGAGGCCAGCACCCUCAACACUCUACUCUUCAUUUACUUGAUUUUGGUUGUGCUGCUGCUGCUGUCGUCCGGCUACAUCGGUUUACGUAUCGUGGCUCUGGAGGAACAGCUGACGUCCCUGGGGGCUCUACCUGAGUUCACCUUACAGAGCGGGUACCGCCAAGACACGUAACCCUCAGCGACUGAAGGAGAGAUCGGUUGACUCAUGACCGGAGGAUUAUCGUCACAUUACUGGCCUCUUCCUGCAGCGGGAGAAACUUCACCCACUCGGACUUCUGCUCCUGAACUCGGCCAAGCGCCGUCAGCUCGAGGGAGACGAAGAAACGGCCGACCUGUGCAAUCUCAGAGACACUUUGCUAACUUGAAGGGCUAAACUUCCUCCUCGUGCAGUAGAUGGAACGGACACGACACACAUUAACACACACACUGCCUGGCUGCAGCGUGUCUGUCAUUGAAACCAAAGCCACGCCACACGGCUCUCAUUUAGCGGAUGUGCCACACUAGCCAAGUUCAACGGACACUCUGUGAAUCCUCCUCCUCCUCCUCCCUGAAGCAUGCAGUCUGAACAGGGCUAUACCAAUCAGCAUUAGACCGCUGUAGUGCUUAUUAUUGCACCUCACCACCAGAGGGGUAGUGCUAUGCAUAGCCAAAGAUGCACACGGUGCACGUCUUUUGCAUGAGUGCACUGAGAUGACUUUUUAGUGAUUUUUCUAUCUCAUUUUCCAGAUUCGGGGGGGUUUCUCUUCGGUUCUCUGAUCUGUGCAGAGGCUCCACUUCCUCCUGAUGGUCUUUACCUUUCUCUCUUUCUCUAACCAGCAAUGAUUGCAGUAUUACUCACCUCGUCUUUGGAAUGAUUUAAACGUUUAAUGAUCAAUGCUUCGAGGUAAUUUUGUUAAUGAACGCAUCAUCAAUGCACAAGUAUUUAGCACACGAGGACACGUGGAUGUGGAACAGGAAAUUAGAAGUAUGUUGACGUACUGCCAAACAGGAAGGAGUACAAACCUCUCUCUGACAGGCCUUAAGUGGCGUUGCUAGAUCUUCAGGUUCUUUAAAAGUAGCACCAAUAAUGUAUUUCUAAUGUCCUCACGUGUCAAAUACCAACACAUGACUGAUCCUGUGUCUGCGUUCUCACUCUUAUGAACCAGAGAGGGGGACAUGCUGCCACGCUUUGCUGUAAGGUCCAAAAUUUCAACGGUUAAAAACGAGUGGUCCCAAAACGAAAUUUCAAUAUGCAAGUGAUUAUUAUGCAUGGCAACGUGUAAUUUAUCUUCAGUGUGAUGUUUUUAAACGGAGAUGGGUGUUUGGUGGGGAAAGAAAAAAGAAAUAAAAAGAAAGAUGUGAAUGAAGGAACGGCUGGAGCGAGCUGGAGCACUUUAAGGGAUGUGUUGUGCCUGUCACGGUCCAGGACAGAGGACAGAGGACAGAGGACAGGACGCUGGGGUGCUUUUUUUUGGAGCUAGCGAUGUGUGGUAUCUGACGGUGCUAAGACUUCUUCUUUUAAAUUAGUUUUCACUCAGGGGUGGUGGGCGCUACCUGCCACGUGGUUUUUAGGUCGUCAUCUCUGUCGUUGUCAAAGUGUCGUGCGCGUGAUGGGGUUCACAUUUUCUACGUCUCGGCUUUCGGUGGUUUUCUCAGACGUCCUCUUUGAGAAAGCACACUACUUUCAUUGAGAUUCAUUCGGCUUUACUGACUUUAUUCAGCUUCUUUCCCUCCCCCUCUCUCCCUCUCUUGAAGCUUUUUAAACCUUUCCAUGCAUAUCCACACCACAGCCCAGAAACUGAACACCACCCUCCUCGUGGUUAGCGAGAUAACUGUGACCACAUCAUGUCUGGAGACGGUCUCGCUCUCAUGUUUAAGUUUUUGUCCGAAUGCCAUAUACAGUACUGUCAGUUCUUCUAACCCCCCAGCAGGGGGCAGCACACACAUCCACUGUCCUUGAAUGGACUCAAUGCAAGAAUCUCAAUGAAGAGGGCAGUAUUCGUGUGGUUUUGCACUAUUCAAAGUGUUGUAAAUAAUUUUGUAUCAAUUGUUAAUGUCCUUAAUUCUACUACGGUCCUAUAUAUAUUUAUUUGCAUUCUGUGUAAUUCAAAGUAGUCUCUGUGAGAUGACUUUGCUAUUGUUGAAAAUAAAUCAAAUGUUGCGAAGUAAAUAAUAA